AUGAAGACGAGUGCAGGCGACGGCAAUGGAGCUGGUCAAAACGAAGCUGCCAGUGGCAAUGGCGGAUGGUUGGCCGACUUGUCCGACAGUCAAAAGUUGGAAAAAACAAUUGAUACUAAAGUGCUCGAACUUGAGUUUAGGUUACGAAAGUCGGAAGCUGAUUUGUUAAUUGCUAGCGAAAAAAUUGCAAUAUAUGAAGACAAAAUUAAGGACAAAAACGAGAUAAUAGAAAUUAUAAAAAUAUCAAACAACCUUUUUAAAUCUGAUUACAAAGAAAAGGUUGAUACUCAGGCAAUGAAAAUAAGAAAGUUGGAAGAGGAACUGUCCACAACAAAGAAAAUAAAUUUAAAACUUGAUCAAGAAAUUGAGAAACUUAAGAAAGAACCAAAAGAAUCCAAACCAAAUAAAAAGUUAAGGCAAACUAUAUUUUUUUUUAAAGAAGCCGAAAAGGAAAACAAAAAAAUUAUAUCUUCCCUUAGAACUCAGAUAUCAGAUCAAACAAGCCCAAAAAAUGCAAUUAAAACAAAUGAACUUGAAGCUUCCCUUAGAAAUCAAAUAAAGCAGAAAAACGAAACACAGGAAAAGCAUAAAAAUCUUAUAGCUUCUCUUAAGGAUAAGAUAAAUCAACAAAAUAUAGCGGAAAACGAAAGCAAAUAUCUUAUAGCAUCCCUAAAAGAUCAACUAAGUAAGAAAAAUGAAGAAGAAAAUGCAGACCUUAUUGAUUCUCUUAUGUCUCAAUUGGAGGAGAAAGAUGCAAAAGUUUCCGAAAAAGAAGAAGUUAUAACAUCUCUUAUGUCUCAGAUAAAAUUGAGAGAUGAAAAUAUAACUUUUAUAGAGGCGAGGCUGCAAUGGGAAAUGUUUAAAAAUAAGGAGAAGGAUGAUCACCAAGAAUCGCCAAAAAAUGUUAACGUCGACAGCGACGCCAAUGGAAAAUGGUCCUUUUUACCGCUGUUUCGUAAAUUUAAAUGAUACGAUUUAUAAUAUCUCGCAGACUGGCACCCAUUUUAUUAUGUUAAUAUUCGAAUUAAUUCCAUAACAAAAAAAAUAUAUAAAAACAAAU